UUAUAUUAGAAAGUCCCAGUACCCAGCCAGCAACUACAUAAUAACUUAAAACACGAAUUAACUAAGUUCUAGAUUAAAUUAAAUCCAUUGCUAAUAGUGACUUGGAAAAUAAUUUAUACUCGUUGUUUUGUGUUCUGUAAUUGUGAGAGUAAAGUGAAAACAAUGUCAGAAUUUCAAACUCCAGUAAGGAAGAACAAAGUUAGUGAUGACAAAAUUACAAUACCUCCAUCGCCGUUUCUAAAUCGACUCGGAUAUGGUACAGGAGUUUCAGUAAUGCAGUUAGUAAGAUCACCGCGAGCAGGUCAAAUUCGAUCACCAUGGGCCCUCAAAAUGUUGAAUAAACGUGUUAAACAGCAUAAAGUUUACUCAGAACGUAUUACAAUUGAGGCGGAACUGUUACAACGUAUGUCACAUCCCAACAUUGUUGGUUUCCGUGCAUUUAGCAAGACUAAAACGUUGUACCUGGGCAUGGAGGCGUGUGAUGUGUCCCUGGGUGAUUUAAUAGAGAAGCGGGUAGAAGAUUCUGGAGAGCCAUUUACACCAAAACAGAUUUUGAAGGUUGCAACAGAUAUUGCAAGUGCACUCGACUACCUGCACACCAAAAUGCAAUUGUUGCAUGGUGAUAUGAAGUCCUACAAUGUUCUAGUUAAUGGAGACUUUGUUGUUUGCAAGCUGUGUGAUUUUGGUGUCACUUUGCCAUUGGAUGAGAAUGGCGUGUUUGAUAAGCAGCAUGCUGGGAAAGCUGUAUAUUUUGGGACUGAAGCAUGGAGCGCUCCAGAAGUGAUACACGGUGGGGAGAUAUCAAACAAAACCGACAUCUGGCCACUUGGUCUGACACUGUGGGAGAUGAUGGCAAUGAUGCCACCACACACACAGAUAGAAGAUGACACACUCGAUGACAGUGUGGUGAACUUAGAUGACAGUGCUGCUAGCAUGGAGGAUGAUUUCUUCUCAGAGGACUAUGGCACUCGUCCCCUGGUGCCAGUGAACAUCUCUGAAAUGACAUACGCGGAACCUCUGACGCUGUUUUGCUGCUGCACCGAGACGCUGCCGAGUCUACGACCAUCAGCUGCCACGCUAGCUACCGCCUCCGCAGACAUGCUCGCACAUGUAAUGACAUUAUAGUUUCGUUAGUAUUGUACCAACACUAAUAUUGACAUCUCGUGUCUGC